AUGGCCUACUACAACUCUUCAUAUUCUGGAUCUGAUUAUGGUGAGUACAAUUUCAACUCUUAUACUCUCAAUUAUAAUUAUAAUCAAGUUCCAUCUAACUAUGAUUACAAUCAACCAAAUUAUGGGUAUGAUUCAAGUUCAUAUUUUUCUGAUCCUAGUUAUUCAUAUCAUAGUUAUAAUAACCACCAAACCAUAGCAUAUUCCACCACAAGUUUUAGUGACCCUAAAUAUCUUGUGUAUGAUCCCAAUUAUGGUAUGACUCAGCUUGUUCUCUCUUAUUCUACCUUGGAAUUCAAUGAGCCUGCUUUUGAUGAAUAUGAUCCAACACCUUAUGGUGGUGGCUAUGACAUUGUUGAAACCUAUGGCAAGCCUCAACCACCUUCUGAAAAGAUCUGCUAUCCUCGUUCCGCCUCAACUUCAAAUCCAAUUCCAGUUCCAACUCCGAUUCCGAUUCCGGUUCUGGUUCCGGUCCCUUCGGAGGAUGCCAAAAUUGAAGAGAAAGUAAUCAAACCACAAAAUGAAACCAUAGAUCAAAUUGCUGUGGAAAAGCCAAAGACACAAGAUAAUACUAUAAAAGAAACUAUUGAGGCUUAUGAAGGUGAAGAAGAAUCUGAAGAUAGUGAUUAUAGUAAGGAAAAUGAUGUUGAAGAAGAUGAUAAUGAUGAUAACAAUUCAGGGUCUAGUUAUGAGAAGGAAGUGACUUCUAAAUAUGAAUAUCCAAGUGGAUAUGGUUUGGAGACUGUGGAUAUAUGUGAAAGUUUGUUUGGGUAUUGGCCUUGUUUGGCAAAAAUGAAGAGAGAAAAUUGUUGUAAUGGAGGAAUUAAUAGAGAAAAUCACUGUCAGGAGAAUAUGUGGAAAGGAACUGCAGAUUAUCUGUUUGGAAAUCCAUAUCCAUAUGGUGGGAGAAGAGAUGAUGAUUAUGGAGGAGAGUUUUUCUAUGAUUAUGAAAGGCAUUGA